AUGGCAGUCCCCUGUUCCUGUCCUCAAUUUAGGAGACAUAAGAAACAUAAAUUAAGGCGUGAGGCCUAUUUCAUAAAGCACAAAGACCCAGUGGACUCCCCAGGGGUGGGAAGGCGGGUAGAGGGCCAGGGAGCGGCUUGGGGUGGCUGCGCCGGGCAGGGCAGGUACUCUAAAGAAGGAAAGUCUGGGCACGCCGGCCGGACUCCACCUUACGAGGGUGGGGUAAGGAGGUCCUGCCUCCUCGCACAGAGUCCAGCCCUUGGUGCUGGAGCUCCGUUUGUGAUAGGUUCGGGGAAAGUGCGGCGCUCAAAAGGAGAUAACCAGUGGUGGCUGCCCAGGAAAGGCGUGUGCUGGGAGGGAUUCCUUCUCCGAGCCGGCGGCACUCUGACGACCGUUGGAAAUGCGCGGGCGGCAGCAAAACGACAGCCGCGAAUUUACCACUGGCAGACCCUAAACCCCACCCCUGAAGGCCAGGCGGCGUCUCCGUGGCGACGUGCAGCGAAGUGCGGCUGCGCAAGGGUGACGGAGCGAGGGCGAAGGGGAGGGGGUGUUUUGGUUCCAGCCGCUCGCCGUCCUUUCAGACUUGUUCGUCUGAAAGCUUCUCGUUCCUUCCUUCCCUAA